CUGUCUCCACAGUUCCACAGAGGGCUCCUAACUCCACAGGGAACCUUCUGUCCGGCCUUGCUCCUUCCUUUAGCUUCCACAACCAGACCUUCCUUACAGCAAUCCCUGUAAAAGCUCCUCACAAAGAUGGCGGCAUGCAUCGAGCAGCUGAGGUCCGGAAUGGCCGCGAAGCCGCUGUCGUUCAACUUGGACCAAACCCUCUUUGCUGAUCCGUCUACCAUUUACAAGUUCGUCGAGCUAUCGACGGCUUUCCGGCGUGUCAACAGUGAGGAGCUCAGGGAUGAACUGUGGGCGAAGAUGAGGGAGGAGGCCAGGAAGGAUGUGGAGCAAGAGCCCGUCUUGGGCAGUUACUAUAUAUCAGCUAUCCUUGCACAUGAUUCACUCGAGAGCGCACUGGCUACCCAUCUGGGCUACAGGCUCGCCACGCCUUCUCUGCCUGGUUCGAACCUGGCCGAGGUCUUCCUGGCCGUGCUCCAGGAAGACCGCGCCAUCCGGGCCGCAGUCAGAGAAGACCUGAGAGCAAUCAAGGAACGGGACCCAGCCUGUGUCAGCUACGUUCAAAUCAUGCUCAACUUCAAGGGGUUCCUAGCAAUUCAGGCGCAGCGGGUGGCUCACAGGCUGUGGCUGAGGGGCCGGGUGCCCUUGGCCUUGGUCAUCCAGAACAGGGUGUCCGAGGUCUUUGCCGUGGACAUACACCCCGGCGCUAGGAUCGGGAACGGGGUGCUGCUGGACCAUGCUACUGGAACCGUGAUCGGCGAGACUGCUGUCAUCGGCGACAACGUGUCGAUCUUGCAUAACGUGACGCUCGGAGGUACCGGCAAGGCCACCGGUGACCGGCACCCGAAAAUUGGCGACGGUGUGCUAGUGGGUGCCGGAACGCAUGUUCUAGGUAACGUCAAGAUUGGUGCCGGGGCGAAGAUCGGGGCGGGUUCGGUCGUGCUCAAGGAGGUGCCGGAGAAGACGACCGCGGUAGGUAACCCGGCCAGGCUGCUUGGUGGGAGGGAAAACCCGAUCAAGCUAACCAAUAUUCCGAGCCUUACGAUGGACCAUACCUACGAGUGGUCAGACUAUGUCAUCUAAUAAAAACUUGCUUGCGUUAUGCGUCGUGUUUUUCUCUUUUUCUUUCCGAGACACUUGUAAUUUUUGUUCCCCCUUCAAGAGGCCGGUGUUGUAAAUUAGACUUUACUUUCAGCGGCUCGCUGAAAGGUACGUAAAUGAAGAAUAUAACCUUUUUUUGGGUA